AAAAUGGGGACGAUAUAUACAUACGAGACGCCCACAAAACAGAGAAGGCAGCCGAAGAAGCAAAAGCUCGGUCGCAGGCAGCAGAAUGGAGUCGCUGUUGAAGCAAGUCGUGGCGGUACUUUCUCUCUCUACAAUUCUACUGAUAAGCGGCGUGAGAGCUUGGACUGGUGAAAUCCAUGGCAGAGUCGUCUGUGACGUCUGUGGGGAUUCUUCUAUCGGCCCCGAAGAUCACGUCUUGGAAGGUGCCGAGGUGGCUGUUCUUUGCAUAACAACAUCUGGGGAAGUUCUUAAUUACCAGGCAUUCACAAACUCGAAGGGGAUGUACACAGUGGCAGAGACAAUGCCAGAAAGCGACCGGUGGGAUGCGUGCUUAGCUAGACCUAUCAGCAGCUUCCACGAACACUGCACUCAUCUUGGAGGCAGCAGUUCAGGUGUCAAGUUCACUUACAGUCGCCCAUCGGGUUAUUUCCACACUGUUAGACCUUUUGUCUAUCAGCCGACCAACGUUCCAACAUACUGUCUGUGAAUGGUAUGGAGUAGAGCUAUAUACCAUUACCAGUAUAUCUAAACCUGGUGUGGAGAUAAAAUGCAAAUCAGGUCAUAUGUAUUGUGAUUCAAAGGUUUGUUCCAAAUGCAUGUGUACAUAUUCUCAGUAUUUGGGAUGGUUACUAAGAACUUUAUCAGCCAUCUGUUGUCUCGGAUUGUUGGGACUCGGAAGAAACCGUAAACGAACCUGGAUGGUAUGGCAUCUUCUAUUUCUAUAGUUACUGAUAUACUAUUUCCUUAUCAAAA